UUCCGCAACCGCGCCUUCGAGAUCGGCUUCAUCAUCUCCAUGUCGCUGACGCAAGUGGUAGCGGAAUUCCUGAUCUCGGGCUUCGGCGUCAUCCUGCCGUACCUAGUCGAGGAGUUUCCUGACCCGUCCGUGUCGCAGCUGUGGCCCACGAGCGUCAUGACGCUGGUCGUGGCGUCGCUGACGCUGCCCUGCUCCCGCGCCGUCGACAUGUACGGCGGGUACCCGUUCUUCCUGGCCGGGGUGCUGUGGCUGGCGCUGUGGGCGCUGCUGGGCGGCUUCGCGCGCAGCGAGGUCUUCCUCGUCGUCGCGCGCGCCAUGCAGGGCCUCGCCAUCACCGCCAUCCAAUGCGGCGCCUUCCAGCUCAUCGGCACCACGUACCCGCCCGGCCGCAAGCGCAACGUCGUCCUCGGCCUGUACGGCGCGUGUGCCCCCGUCGGCUUCUUCGCUGGCAUCGGCACCUCCGGCCUCGCUGUCCAGUUCGCCUCGUGGAACGUCUACUUCUACACCGCCGCCGGCGCCUCCCUCUUCGUCGCCGUGCUGGCUUACAUCACCGUGCCCACGACGGCCGUGGCCCGCUCGUCCUCCGCCGCCGAAAAGGGCCUCUCCAUGGACUGGCUGGGCACCGUGACCAUCACGCCGGGGCUCUUCCUGCUCGCGUACGCCAUGGCCGCAAGCUCGCACGUAUCGGGGGGCUGGCGAUCCGCCGAAGUGCUCACGACACUGCUACUCGGCCUUGCGCUGCUGGGACUCGCGCUCCUCGUCGAGCUGCGCAUCGCAGCGUGCCCACUGCUGCCGGCGCGCUUCUUCCGCAUCCGCUCCACGCUGCCCUUCUGCGUCGCCGGCCUCUUCUUCUACGCCACCUUCGGCACCUUCCUCUUCUACAGCACCUUCUACAUGCGCGACAUCAUGCACGGGUCGGGCCUGCAGACGGUGCUGUGGUACCUGCCGCUGGCGGUCGGGGGCUUCGUCGUCGCGGCCGUGGGCGGCUCCGUCCUGCACGCCCUGCCCAACACGUACCUGCUGUGGUUCAGCGGCGCCGCGUGGACGCUCGCGCCCCUGCUGCUGGCCUUCGCACCCGCCACCUCCGCCCCCACCCGCACCAUCUACUGGGGCUUUGUGUUUCCCGCCAUGAUCUGCGCCACCCUCGGCCUCGACCUCACGUACACCAUCUCCACCGUCUUCUUCUCCACCACCCAGCCCGCGCGCUACCAGGCGCUGGCCGGGGCCGUCGCGAGCGUCCUCGUCAACUUGGGCAUUAGUUUCAGUCUCGCGUUCGCGGACAUUGUGGAGAGCGUGGAGAAGAACCGCGGGAAAGGCUUGCUGGAGUGCUAUCGCGCGGUGUUUUACUACGCGGGCGCGAGCGCGUACGUCGGCUUCGUGGUCUGCUUGCUGUGGGUCCGGAUUCCGAAGGCGGACAAGGACUUG